AAUUAUAUUUCUCAUUUUGUAGCACCGGAAACUGUUUCGUAUUUUUAACCGCACUAAUCUGGAAAAUGGCGGUGAUGUAUAAACAAGGCUGAUUGUUCGAAUGGUGUAAACAUGACUAAAAAUCAACAAGGUUUACUCGAAUCUUUCACUUAAGAAUGGCAAAGUCGUACAUUAAUAUAAUAGACGUCAGUGUAACUGUCCUGUCAUUGCUCACGUUCCUGUUGGAUGUAAGCACAGACCUGGUGGUGUGUGUGCAGCUGCUGAGCCAGGGCCAUGUGGUGUGGGGCGGGAUGAUGGUGGCGUCUGUGUCCGUCCCCGCGCUGAUGAUGAGCGUGUUCAGUCUGACCUGGCACUACCAUGACGCGUCCUUGAGGCCGGCCGUGCUCGCCACGCACCUCCUGCUCUUGGCUCCCGUGGAGAGAUAUGUCCAUGCCAUCUACUUGGGCUUCAAGUCUCGCCUGUCAAAGAAAGUUGUCCACACACAGCGUGCCCUGACGGCCCAGAGUGACGUCAGCAUUCUUCGUCUGUUCGAGUCGUUUCUGGAAUCGGCGCCACAGCUGGUCCUACAGCUCUACAUCAUGGUGACGCUGCACAGGCUCGCCUGGUUCACUGGCCUGUCUGCUGUGUGCUCCCUGCUCUCCCUCACCUGGGCUAUGACAGCGUACACAGACGCUCAGCGGCGAGCGCACAAAUCUGUCUACGAGAGACGUCCGGCCCGCCUGGCGCUACACUGGGCCUGGCAACUCUUCAUGACCUGGUCGCGCAUCGCAGCGUUUGUCGCCUUCACAGCCGCCCUCAAUUACUGGGUGCUGGUGGUCAUGGGCUUCCAUUGGCUGAUAGCCUUUAUCUGGAUCUCCGUGCGUGGCACCGACUUUGGCAGCAGUUUCUGCGAGAAGUGGUUGUUCCGUGCCGUCUGCGGCUUCAUCUACAUCUUCGUCUUCCUCAACCUGAACGACGGGAAGUCUCGCUGGCGCGUGUCCACCUACUACACCCUCGUGUUCCUGGAGAACGCGGCCAUGGUGGUCGUCUUUUUGACCCUGGGAAACGGCGCUGACUUAAUUGUGGUGACCUGUCUCUCCGUGUUUGGUGGUUUUGUCUUAGAUGGUCAUUGUUUAAAUGAAAAGAUUCUGUGA